AUGAGGCAGGCUGGGGCUUAUUCGGGGAUUUUAUCUGGGGGAGGGAUAUCAGGGCGAACCGGGCCCCAUUUGUUGCCGUUGGCAAGGAUCAAAAAGAUUAUGAAGAAAUCGAGUGUGGAUGUAAAGAUGAUAUCAGGAGAGGCACCGCUUGUGUUUUCAAAAGCUUGUGAGCUUUUCAUCGAGGAGUUGACCAAGAGAUCUUGGAACAUGACCAUCCAAGGCAAGAGACGAACCGUACACAAAGAAGACGUUGCGUCUGCUGUGGUUACGACCGACGUUUUUGAUUUUCUGAUAGAUUUGGUUCAUCCGAACGCUUCUGACCAUCCCAGUCUGAAUGAAGAAUAUAUGGACAAGAAACAGUAG